AUAAAUUUUAGUUUUUUAUGUAUUAUACAUAUAUGUUCAAAUUUUUAUUUUUAACAUCUUGUAUUUUGUUUUUUAGGAGCUCCGGAUUCUAUCACAUUUCUCUUAAAAAUCUAGCAAUUUUUUAUACCAUACAAAUGAUCACCGACGAAGAACUCGCACGAAGAAUGGAUGAUAUUUCUGAGAGCUUUACGUCUACCGUUUUGUAUUCCCCCGCACAAGGAGACAAAACUCUAGUUAAAAUAGCGAGUAUCGUCAGAAAUGCAUCGAAGAAACAGUUGCAAUCUCGCCAUCCUCGCGCGCUCGUCACAUGCAUACUAAGGAUCUUGUUACAUUACGAGAACGUGAUACACGUGAAUGGGUUUUGCGAAUGGAAACGUCGACGAAAGUUUAGAAUUGCCCGAGACUGCUAUCAUGCUCUGCUGAAGAGCUACCUGCCGGAAAGAUCGCGGGAAGUCGUUGAGACGAUCGUGGAAGCUGUGUACCACGAGCGACUCUGGAAAUUCGAAACCUUCUGCUUCGAAGUAAUGUACACUCUGCUGAACGUCAGCCCUGCCAACAUCGGGCUGAUCAUCCACGCGGUCUGGAAUAAAUUGACAUCACCGGAAAUUGGCGUCGAGGAUGCUCGCGGCAUUAUUAGGAUAUUGUACGAACUUCUGGACGUGUAUGUGUGGCCUGCAACGCAGGAUACAGUGGCGACCGUAGAGCGGAUGCUCAGCCUCUUCCACGCCAGCAUAAUCGCACGAUUGACGAUGAUCUCCAACUCUUCUGCCUCUCCUUCAACACCGCCAUCGUCAUCUCCACCGCUGGCAAGCCUCAAGAAGGGUCUGGAGGUUUGCCUGAGAAAUACCAUGAAACAUCUGUCAAAUGACCAAUUGCUGAUAAUCGUACAACAUAUGUGCUCAUGGACGGUGGCUGCCGACACAACUGACGAAUUCGUUCUGGAGUUCGGCAGCACUCUAGAGUUCGCCGCUUAUACACAUCAGGCGGGUCUCUACGAGCAGACGCUCACGCCGACAAUUUUCCCGCUGCUAAUGCGAAUGGUGGGCUCGUCUAGUCGACUGAUCAGCUUGCUGGGUAAUCGGGUGCUGCAAUACUUGAUAGAUCGCACGGAUAAUCGAGCGGUUUUCGACACGCCCAGAAUCUUUUUCGAGCAAACACGUGUCGAUCUAAACAGAGUCACACAGUGUAAGAAGGAGGAUCGGUUGUUCUUCAAACUGCACCGCGAGUUGUUGCACGAUAGUCUACUGAAGAGCCUGGUAAACCACUCGGACUCACGGAUGAAUCUUGAAACGACGUACUGCACGAUAUGCUUGAUCGCCGUUGAAGUACCCUGUGGCUUCACAGCCGCCGCUCUGGUCUGCCUCGCGAUGAAUCUGCAGGAGAUCAUCUUGCAAGAGCAACAGCAGCAGCAGCAACAACAACUACAGAACAAUCGCGUCGAGAUAUUCUGCCACAUCCACGCCACGAUCAUCUCUAUUAUGUCCUUUAUCUGUUGGAUACACAAGGCCAAAGUGUUCUACAGUUAUGUAAACAGGAUCGUGAUGGAAAGGGCGCAUUGGGCACCGCAUCUGAAUCCUCCUAUUCAAUCUCAGUACAACUUUGCGCUGCACCACGUUCUCUGGGACAAACCAGAGCUGUUUUUCAUCGACUGGGAGGCGCGCUACGGCCUUUGGAAAUGCUUUCGUCUUACCGAUAGCCACAACGGCACCUCGCUAAUCUGACACGAGUUACAUCCACAAACUGAAACGUGAUUUCUGAAAUAAAUCAGGGAUUCGCAGAUUUCUCUCAGAGGCCAACUCGUAUUCAUUCUUUUUCCAUAUGAGAAAAGAAUCCAAGGAAGUAGAGAUCUAAUAAAUUCAAGAGGCUGUGAAAUUAAGAAUAGUUCAGGAUACAUUCUGAAUUUAAGGAGUAGAAUAGAAAUGAAGAAAUAUGACUCGAUUGUAGAAAGUUGCAUUGAGAUGCCAAGCUGAGCCUGUUGGAUUACAUAACAGCACCCAGACAGCCAAAUGUUUUGAUGUUGCAGUCGUGUUGUCAACAAUCGUUGCAGCAACUAAUUUAGACUAACUCGGAACAAGGUGAGACAGCAUUAUGGCUGUUAGGUUGAACUCAUAAUUCUAUUUUUAACAACGGCAAAUUGCAAUAAAUUUAUUAUCAAUCAUUUAUUGCUGUCAUAUUGUUGUUAUAUUGCAAACAAUAUAAUGUACAAUCAUUGCUAAUCGUUUUCUUUUUAAAAUGUCAACUGAUUGCACGUAUGAAUAAUCAUGUUGCUCAAUUUGUAAUGUAUUUUAUUUCGAUGUUUAGCAAAUAUGUAAUAACACAUAUAAUGCGUUACUUUGCUACAUUACGCUUGGUUAUCUGGGUAUGUCAUAUGAAUAUAAUUGUUAAGAUAUCUGAAUUAAAUAACGUAUAUCCACUUAAUUUAUUUUUUUAAUUCUCUUUAACAGUUUAUAAAAAAUAAAUUAAGUAGACCUCAUUCAGUCCAAGUACCGUAUACAUGCAUGUUAUAUGCAUAUAAUAUAUAGUAUGUCAAUACAUAAAUUAUAAAUUUUAUAUAGUAUACGAUACUUAAUAUACAUAUAUGUACAUAUGAAUAAUUUAUAUACAUUAUGCAUAUAUUAAAUAUAAUAUAUAUUGUAUAGGAGUAUAUAUAUCUAUGCGUGUGAACAUGGAGCACAUAUUAUUGCAUGUAUCAUAUUUCUACUCGAUUGUAUUGUUGGUUGCGGCGCCAUUGCGCGCGUCGCCAUCACGGAGCGCGACGGAGAUCGCAUGAUUUAUGGCGCACUGCUUUUGUAAUUCGCGCAUAUCGAAGUAAGUGAAUCAGACCUCCGCGCGCGCAAGACCGCCGUCUUGACUACGUCUUGCGUUUCGCUGAUACCGCGAGAUCCUCGAGGAAGGCGAAGAGGGUGUUCGAGCGAUUGGAGUACCGGAGUACCUCCAAUUUCUGUUCUGUACUUACGAUAUAAACGAUCUGACAGCGUUGAGAACGGAUUCGAGAACCGAAUUUGUUAGCUUCUUCGUCGACGCCGUCAUCAUCACGGGAAGGUUUUCGUCGAAAAUUAAUUCAGCCCUGCUUGUCAACACGGAAUCGUCGAA